CACAGGCCCCCUUCUUUUCUUAUGGCACAUCAAGCAUAUAUACUUCUUGCUACUCUAAAUUACUUCCCAAACAAAACCUAGGCAUAAUAUACCGUCUCUGUCUGACAGAACCACAAAAGAAACUUUAACCAAAAUAGCAUAACUACAAUUUACAUUAAACUUGGACCUAAACACUACUACCAAGGAAACAAAAUAAAAUGGAUUAGGUAGAAUUACCACGUCUCUUGGUUUAUAUUAUUCGUGACAAUUUGCUUGCUUCUUCUAAAGUCUAGACACUCACUUUAAUACACAUCCACCGACACAACAUCACUUCCCCCCACAAAUCUCCAUUCCCAUACUUGUCUUGUCUGUGCACUCAACAACUGGAUUUUUUGCCUUGCUGUUUGAUAUUGACAUCCGAAGGCGUUGUGGUCAAUACAACUGGACUUUGCAUUACUCUUAGAUAUUGACAUCCGAGGGGUUUUGCCGUUUUGGUAUCAUGAUUUCAUAGAAAGCUUAAGCCCCUCCACGAAGCUCACGUGCCUCAGGAGUUGGGAGCCAGAUUGACUCGCGAGUCUACCAUAAGUUACGUAUCAAUACCAAGUUUACCGCAUAUUGCUGGUCUUGAAUUCGGAGCCCUAGUUGACUUUAACCUUAUCUUCGGUCAAAAUCAAUUUAAUAAUAGUCCGCGUAGCAUAAGAUCAAUUGUGCCCCCAGCAACAGCCUCAAACUUCACACUGGCUGAUUCUGUGUUCCUGAGAAAUGGAAAAUUCAUGGGCUUUUUCUUUGUUUGCUAUUCUCUUGUUUGCUGUGGGUUCAGAGGGGCAAUUGGCACCAAGUGAGACUCGAAUUCUGUUCCAAGUUCAAAAGCUUCUCGAGUAUCCACAACUUCUUCAAGGAUGGACAAACUGGACAAACUUCUGCUACCUCCCAUUCUCACCUUCUCUCAACAUUAUCUGCUCAAAUAAUCGAGUGAUUCAGUUAAAAAUAGUUGGAAACAAGACCUCUCCUGCAUCUCAAACCCACAAACCAAAAUUUUCAAUUUCAAAUCAAACUUUGUCUGACAAGUUUGAUAUUGAUGCAUUCUUCACUGUCCUAACAAAACUUUCAAGAUUGAAAGUAUUGUCCUUGGUGUCAUUAGGAUUGUGGGGUGCGUUACCUGCAAAGAUCAAUAGAUUUGAGUCCCUUCAACUGCUCAACAUAAGCUCAAACUUCAUUCAUGGGGAGAUUCCAUAUGAGAUCACAACCAUGACGACUCUCACAAGUCUUGUUCUAGCAGAUAAUUUGUUGAAUGGGAGUGUACCUGACCUUAAAGGAUUGUCAAUUCUUCAAGACUUGAAUCUGGGUUUCAACCAUCUUGGACCUGAAUUUCCUUCAAUGACCACUAACGUUGUAAGUAUUACAUUGAACGACAACUCCUUUAGAUCUGAAAUUCCUUUGUCACUCAAAAACUUCAAGCAGCUUCAACAACUAGAUAUCUCUGCAAAUAAUCUUAUUGGACCAAUUCCAUCUUUCCUCUUCUCUUUGCCAUCACUUGUGUUCCUUAAUGUGGCUCAGAACCAAUUCAGUGGGGCACUCUCCAUGAACCUAACUUGCAAUGCUGAGCUUGAAUUUGUAGACAUCUCCCAUAACCUUUUGAUAGGGAAAUUGCCUUCCUGUAUUGGAUCAAAGUUUUCGAAUCGGACAGUCGUUAGCACUUGGAACUGUCUGUCCAUUGCAAAUUCAAAGUAUCAGCAUCCAUACUCAGUUUGUCACAAAGAAGCAUUGGCUGUGAAGCCUCCAAUCAAAACUGAUAUGAAGCGACAAUCUAAAGUCAAACUAGGCCUCCUAAUUGGUAUCAUUGGAGCUGUUGUGGUCAUAGCAGGUGUUGUUGGGUUCUUGAUUCUGGUCUUUAUUAGAAGAUCACAUAGAACAAAUGGUGAUGAGUACAAAGUUGAGAGAUUUAUUCCUCAAACACCUGUUAGCAGCUUCCCAAAGUCCAUGAUCAUCAAUUCCAGGCGUGUGCCUCAGACAAUGAGGUCGGCGGCAAUUGGUCUGCCACCCUAUCGAGUUUUCACACUGGAAGAGAUGGAACAAGCAACAAACAAUUUUGACCCAUCAAAUUUCUUGGGCGAAGAGUAUCAGGGACAGCUUUAUAAAGGUUCACUGAGAGAUGGCUCUAUAGUUCUUGUGAAAUACCUGAAACUAAAGCAGAGAAAUCUCCAUCAAAGUCUAAUGCAGCAGAUGGAAGUAUUAUCAAAGCUAAGGCAUCAACAUUUGGUCAGUGUUCUUGGACACUGCCUGGUGACUUACCAGGAGCACCCAAAUUCUGGUGGCAAUACUAUCUUUGUUGUUCAUGAACAUAUCUCCAACGGAUCACUAAGGGAUUAUCUAACCGAUGGAAGAAAGAAGGAGAUAUUGAAAUGGCCACAAAGAAUGGGAAUUAUCAUUGGUGCUGUAAGAGGAAUUCAGUUCUUGCACACAGGAGUUUCAUCUGGUAUUUUUGGAAAUAAUUUGAAGCUUGACAACAUUUUGUUGGAUGAGACACUCACUGCAAAACUUAGCAACUACAAUAUUCCCUUGCCCUCCAAGGUUGGCUCGGAAAGUCCCCUACAUGGACGGGAGAUCUCCAAUCAUCCAAGCAGCCCCAGGAGAGCAGAGAAGGAAGACGUUUAUCAGCUAGGCAUUAUCCUGCUUGAAGUGAUAACAGGAGAACCAGUGAACUCCCCCAGACAGUUGGAUGAAGUGAAGCUUCAGCUGCAAAAGGCCUUAGUAGAAGCACCUUCGAAGUUACGUGGAGUCGUAGAUUCAUCAAUGAAGGGAACCUUUGCCUAUGAAUCCCUAAGAACAACUGUUGACAUUGCUAUCAACUGUCUCUCCAAGGAACCCGGCCUUCGCCCUUCGAUUGAAGACAUCCUUUGGAACCUUCAAUACUCAUUUCAAGUUCAGGAAGGAUGGACAAGCAGUGGAAACCUUAGUACACAAAUGUAACCAUUAAACUUUCUUGAUUAAAAACUCAAUUUCCCUUACAAAUUAAGUACCUCGCUUAAAUGUUCAUUUCUAGUAUAUUUUUACAAAAUACAUAUAGAUGAUUGAUGAUUGAUGAUUGA